AUUUUAAGGGUUUCGUUUAAAAGAGACUCAGUCAGAGUUUUGAAGAAAUGAAUCUUCCUUCAUUCUGGUUCACAGCUCAGAAGGAACGAAGGGUUUGGAGCCAAAAGAGGCACAUCUGUUGCGGACACAAGCCUGUGAUCUCAGGCAUCAAUCAGCCGUGACCCUUGCUCCCGUUAUCACGGAUCGGAUCGUUUAGUACAACAAAUAAGCGACCAAACGAGGCGGUUUGAUUGCGUUUAGUUGCCGCGUCUGUCACCUGUUUCUCAGGUCCCCAACCCCACCCAUUCUGAAGGUAUCAUCGCGAGAUUUCACUGACGGGGUUCGGUCAAAAUCUCAUGUCUGCGGAAAAAAGCGGAGUUUUGAUUAGGAAAAACAAAACAAAUGUGACCGACGUCUAUUAAGCAGCAAUGAGCCAGCCAUCCAGAAACUAUCGCCCGCAGAGAGAGAGAAAUGGGGGACACUAUAACGAGAGGCGAGACCGAGAGCCCCGCAGCCGUCGAGACAAUCCUAGUGAGCGAUCAGGCAGUGAGAGGUCGUCCAGCCAGCCACCGUACUACCCCAGAGGCUCCCAGAGACAGGUGAGGAGCGCCCCUCGAGAGCACCGGGAGUCAAAAUGCUCCUACAUCUGCUCCAGGAGAGGUAUUGUGUUGAUCUGCGCCGUCCUGACCAAUGCGUUGGUGCUCAUCUGUAUAGUGGCCGCUCACAUGUCACAGCUGGGCAUGUCUGCGAUGGGUAUGGGUGGAGUGAGCUUCGUCGACGCCAUCAUUCCUUUUGAGGGGGUGGAGCUGCAGCAGGUGCGUGAUCUCGACAUGCAGUUCGGGCAGCUGAGAGCCCCGGGAGUCUACGGCGGCGUGGCCUUCAGCCUCACCUUCGGCGCGCUGUCGCUCCUAUUCGUAGUGUCCAGCAGCAAACCCCCCCACAUGCUGCCACGGAAGCUCCUGGUCGGACAGUUUGCUUUCCAGAUCGUCGGCGCGGCGGCUUACGUGGUCGCGGUGGGUUUGUACCUGCACUUCGUGAUCUCGGUGAACUCCACCGACGUGUGCGUUCGGCGCGAGCGGCUGUACGCUCGCAAUGGAUAUACCUGGAUGAACUGUAGUGUGAAUGGGGGGGAUGCGGCCGUCGCACUGUUUGGAAUUAUAACCGCAAUUCUGUACGCUGUCGGAGCCGUUUUAACGGGACAGACGAUACGGGAUGUCAGCCGUUACUUGAAGGAGCGCGACCGCUAUGAAGCCGAACGCAGAGAACAACUCGGGGGUUCUCUGAAAACACCUCUCGAUUCUAACACUUAUGUCUGACUUGUGAAGAAAAAAUGUGGACUCAGCGGAUGUACAUAAACUGUUUGUUUUUUUUUAACUUUAACUGUGAAAAAACAGUUUUUAAUGCAUUUUUACAAAAAAUCGUUUUCAGUUUUAAUGAAGUUUAUUCAGUUAAUAAACACCAAAUAAUUCCUGUAUAUAUUGAAUUGAAACUCUGGUAUUUAGCCUUAUGAAUAGAAUAAAUACAUUUUAAAAAAAGUGAAUGCAAAAUGUAUUCACUGAUGCAGUGAAGCUAAAUUUUGGCUUUCCUUAUGAUUUUUCUAUAAAUUUUUUGUGAUCUUCAGGUAAUGAGUAAAAUAAGGUACGUGUUAAACAUUUUUUGGUAUACUUUUUUGUACUACUACAUAAAUUACACACACUCACAUCUCAGAUAUGUUUUGAUGUGGUUACCUAUGCAGGGUUUCUCUUGGUAUUAAAAAAAGUCUUCCACAAAUUAAAGGUCUUUAAAGUGGCCCAGAAAGACUUCAGCUCAUAAAGUCACGGUAUUAAAUGUUGCAUGCACUGCAAAAAUUAAACAUCCUUUUUUUCAGUACUUUGUCGCGUUUCCGAUUAAAGUGUCUAAACAUGUUUAAUAGAAGAAAUUGACUUGAUAUGCAAAAUAAGAUAUAUUUGUUCAGGGUAAGAUAUUUCUUGUUUAUUAAUAAAAAGCACAUAUUGGGUAUGAAAAUGUUUUCCGUUCGGAUUAAAUUGAUUUCUCUCAGCCUGUUGGCAAAUAUUUUAUUAUUACAAAUAAUAUAAUUCAUUUAGAUGGAUUUUCCAGAGAACAAGACUUCUUGUGAUGCAAUUUUUGGUUUUUGAUUUAAGAUUUAGGUUUAUUUUGUAAAACGCAAUUAAAAGAAAUAGAGAAUG